GGAAGUGUGGCACUAAACAGUGGGGAAGAAACGCAAGUGGCUGUCUGUCGGGACAAACCUCCUAAAAUGUCCUGUUCAAAUAGAGAAAUGGAGAUGCAUGAGUACAUUUAUGACAAUGAUCCAGCUGAACCAAAGCAAAUGGAAGAAACAGCCUUGAGUGCGCCUGGGGAGGGUGAUGAGGCAGAAGAGAGGGCAGUGGUUAUUUAUGAAGACUCAGACUAUUACGAGGGUCACAAAGCUGCUACACAGAGAGCAGUGAAUCCAGGCAGGACUUCUGUCAGGGCUCAAACGCUGUGCCUACUGCUGCUGUGUGUUCUCCUCCUGGCCGGCAUUAUAGGAACAGGACUCCACUGCAGAAUCAGACUGCAGACCCACAGCGAGAGCUGGGCCAGAGAGAGACAACAGACUUUGGUUGAACUCAGUGACUUCUGUAGGGAUGGAUGCACAUCGUUCAACUACAGUUUUUACUACAUUUCUUCGGGAAAGAAGAGCUGGGAUGACAGCAGAGAGGACUGCAGAGGCAGAGGGGCGGAUCUGGUCAUUGUAAACAGCAAGGAAGAGCAGAUGUUCAUCAAUUCUGCAAACCUUGUUGUCUGGAUUGGACUGACUGACAGAGAAGAAGAGGGAACAUGGAGAUGGGUAGAUGGUUCAGCUCUGAACAGCACAGUGUUUUGGAGAAAAGGGAGGCCCAAUGGGCAGCAUGGAGGCGGGGCGAAGUGUGUUGAUAACUACUGGUACAGCGAGGAGAGAAGCUGGAAUGAUGACUAUUGCACCAGACAACAUCAUUGGAUCUGUGAAAGAAUGACUGACUUCUAACAUUAUAUUUCAUCAUCAAUACAUUGAGGAGCUACAUACCAGAAGAUUGUAGCAUUAUCUUUUGUUUAUAAAGCACUUUCAUAGUAAAAAAAAAAAGAAAAAAAAAAAAAGCACAAGAGAGAAUAUUAAGAACAAGAUUAGGGGGCAUCCUGGUAGCAUACAACCCGUGUACAGAGGCUGAGUCUUUGGCAGUAUAAGAUAGUUUACUUUCAUCAUUUAAUGCUUUUGAUUAAAGUCAGUAUUAACAGUGAGUAUACACCUAUAUUUUAAACAAAGUAAAGCGAAAAAUAAAUGGUCUUAAGUUUUACUAGUAAAUUUACAAGAAAAGUUACAGCCGUAACUUGAAAAUAAAAACACCCACUGGAAUAUUGAUGUUGAAUUUUG